AUGGGUAAGAUUUAUUGUGAGAACUGCCGUCGAAAGUGCCGCGGAGACGUUUUACGAGUGUCAAAUAAAUAUUUUCAUAAAGACUGUUUUAAAUGCACAAGAUGUAACAAAAGUCUCGAACAUGGCGGAUUCUUUAUGAAAGAUGGUGGUUACUACUGCCAAGAAGAUUAUCAGCGCCAUUUUGUUGCAAAAUGUAAAAUUUGUUCUGAGGAUCUAACCGGAGAAGUAGUGACAGCUCUGAAUUUCUCAUUUCAUAGGGGUUGCUUCAAAUGUAAUGAGUGUUCAGUCGCAUUCUUUCCUGGUGACCGCGUUACUGUUUGGCAGGAAAAAUUCUAUUGUCCGCUUUGCAUUGAUCAAAUAUGUAGUACUGCGACUGGUGGCGGUGUUCCAAAAAAGAACCUUCAGACACCUUUGUCUGUAACUGAUGAUGAAGGUUGUGUCAGUGCCAGUGAUAUGGCAUCAUCACAGUAUAUUCAUGAACAGUUAACAGAGCAAAGUCAACCCCAAAACAACAUCUCGUGCAUUUCUUCAGCUGGACUCCCUCAAAAGUCAAGAUCUAUUCUCCGAAAACCCGUCAUUGAGAAAAAUGAUCUACAUGUAUCCAAGGAGCGAGGAUACUUAAGUACAGAUUCUGGUCUAGGAGAGCGUUUAUGUGAAUCAACCAAUUUGGAGGAGUCAAACUUAAGACAUUCAUCCAAUGGACACUCUGAGCAAGAUAAAACUAAUAUACGUCAGGAAAAGUCCCACACUUUGUCUUUCCAUUUGUCUAGACAUAGUUUAUCCGGACGAGUACCAAGCUCUAACUAUGGUCGAUAUUUAAAUCAAUCGUACAUGCAACUGACUGAUCAGAUCCCCAUACCGAAUAAUGAUCGAUAUAAACGUAAUGUUUCCACCACAACUUUAAAUAAUUCGUCAAAACUACGACAAUUCCAUUUACCUGAUGGUGGUAAAAGUCGUUUCCUACCGCCUGGUUCAAAAUCCUACGUAACGUUAUUUGGUCGUUCAGUUAGCAGUGUCAUUUCCCCAUUGUAUAACACUAACACAAAUAAUAUAAAUACACCACGUUCAACUAACACGGCUAGUGUUAUUACAACUUCUAACAAUUAUAAUCCCAAUAUUAUCACAUCACGUUCUCUAAAUAAACCUUUUGCAUCGUCAACUUUUAAUUUACAUGAAAAUAAACUUGAAACUGAUAAAUCAUCAUUAUCAACAACAGUAUCAACAAAAAAAAUCACUAGAGUCUUAUUUAAUCCCACAAAUGACAAUAACACUAAUAAUUAUGAUUAUAAUGAUAACAUCGAUAAUGAACAUAAAAAUCAAUUAGCAUCGAAAUCACAUCGAAUCUACAUGAAUGGUUUUAGUCAAUCUGGUCCAAUUUCAUUAAAUGAUCGUGAUAUUACAUUGGAAACACGUAAAUUGGCUUGUUUACCGGCUGGACAAGAACGUGAUAAAAGUACACCAGCUCCAAUCGAACGUUAUGAUUGGCCUGCACCACCUGCUUCUGGUGUUGUUUUAGCGGAGUUAAUGCGUGAACGACGUCAGCGACGUAGAGAGCAAGCACAUUUAAAUGUCACACAACUUUCCGGUGAUAUUGAUGAUGUAGAAAGUCAAGAAGCAUUAAGUAUUGAUUAUUCCUUCGAUGGUAUUCCUGAUACAACUGAUCAUUCUGUUGAGCAUACAGGAAUUGGACAAGCAAUUCUUCGUGAAGAAGCUGAAAGUAAACGCCGAUCACGUUCACAAACUUAUUUAGAUCCAGUGUCAGCGUCAAGAACACCAAGUGCAUCAGUUGAACCGUCAUUUAAACCACGUUAUGCAACUCAUCAAUUUGCAUACUUGAAAAACGCAUUGGAUUUUGUGAAUUGGUAUUUCAGUGAUUAUAUAAUAAAUAAUGCUAGUGAAAUAUAA